AUGAGGACCUACAGAUGCAACGGACAACUCUCAGAGUACACAAAAUGCACUUAUCGAAAUGACAACCCCGAGCGUACUAAGUUUGUCAUACCGAAAGAUAUGAUGAAAGAGAAUCCGUACCUGAAAAAGCUCAAAGUCAAUCUUAUGCCGGAGCGUGUAUACAACGAGUCUGCAGCCAAAGAAGCAAUUUUGGAUCAUUCCGAUGCUUUCAAACGUUUCGGAUCUCGUGGCAUGACAAGCAACUCAAAAGGUGGAGAUGCUGAUGUGAAAAGCAUGGGAGUGAGUUCGGGUUUGUCGAAACAACUCGUGAAAGGAGGUACGGUCGUGGAUCAAGAGUGCGAGUAUUCAGCAGUUUCGCAUGUGCUUUAUACUCCGUUGUUCUUGGUAAAGUCGAUCUGCAGACAAAUAGAAACUCUUAUUAUAAAAUACAACUUCUUAAACACGACACCAAAGAAACAUACUAUCUGUUUCGUUCUUGGGGUCGUGUGGGGACAAUUAUUCGGUGGCACGAGAACGGAAAUGUUUCGUAAUGAAGACAAUGCCAUUGAGGCAUUCGAACGUCUUUUCCUGGAAAAAUCGGGUAAUAAUUGGAAGCAGAAGCACAAGUUCAAAAAGCUGCCAGGUCGCAUGGAUUUGGUGGAAACCGACUUCAGCGAACUCGAAGCUGCGAAACCUUCUAAUGUCAUUCCCGGCUCAAAAACCCUUCUCCCUUCUUCAAUCAAAGACAUUCUUCUCAUGAUAUUCGAUAAGGAUCAGAUGGAGAGUGCCAUGCUGAGUUUUCAACUCGAUCUUGACAAAAUGCCACUAGGAAGACUUUCUAAGAGGCAAAUCACAAAUGCCUUUGCCGUUCUGACAGAUCUCCAAGCUAUUCUGGCGGAAAAAGCAGACGCUGACAAAAUUCUCGAUGCCACAAACCGUUUCUAUACGCUC